AUCUUAUCUCUCUCUCUCUUCAAUUUGAAGAAAGGAGUUGAAUCUGAUCUUGUAUCAAUCGCGCUUCAGAGAGAGAGAGAAAGAAGAAGAUCAUCCGGUUGUUGAAUUGUGUAUGCAACAAUGGAUCAGAUAUUGAACAAGGUUGGAUCAUACUGGAUAGGUCAGAAAGCGAACAAGGAGUUCAAUUCUGUCGGAAGUGAUAUCAACUCAUUGUCAACAAGCAUAGAAGGAGGGGCCUCAUGGCUUGUUAACAAAAUCAAAGGGAAAAUGCAGAAGCCUUUAGCAGAUCUGUUAAAAGAGUAUGACAUGGCAGUAGGAAUCUUCCCACGAGACUCAACUAACUAUGAAUUCAACGAAGAAACAGGGAAGCUGACAGUAUAUGUACCUUCAAUAUGUGAGGUUGGUUACAAAGAUUCAUCAGUCUUGAGGCUUUCAACGACAGUUAGCGGCUAUCUGGAGAAAGGGAAGCUAGCGGAUAUAGAAGGGAUGAAGACGAAGGUAUUGAUUUGGGUGAAAGUCACAUCGAUAACAUCGGAAGGAGGGAAACUUCAUUUCUCGGCUGGAAUGAAGAAAACCAGAAACCGUGCUGCUUAUGAGGUCCUUAGAGAUGGGGUAAGUGUAGACAAGUUUUAAUAUUGUCUUCUUUUUCUUCAAUGUCAAUGUCAAUUUGCAUUUUGUUUGAAUACUUAAAAAAAAAUAAUAAGACAAUUGUGUUGAUGAUGUAUCUUCUCUUAAUCAAAGCUUCACAUGUAAUGUAUAUUAAAGUGAAGUUUUCAAAUUAACUAUUUUCAUCA